AUGGCGACAAGAGCAAUUGCAGUGGCCCAGUCAAGGGAGGACCAGCUCAUGGACCUUACCCUGCAGUUGAGGAAUAAGGAGAAUGAAAAGAAGUACGCCCAGUUCCACGGCGAUAGUCUGAUCUCUAACAAAAUCACGCAGAAGGUCGGGCCGCUUGGAGAUCUCACGGCAGCGUUCGCUCCCAGCAAUUGGCGCGCUUGGGUUAACAUUGCUGGAAGUUUCUUUUCCGGCAAAGGUCUUGAUGAGCGUGGAUUUGCCCAGAUUGCUGGUAGCCUAUCGAAUCACAGCACUUUUCGUGAAGAGUUUCUUAUUAACGCUCAAGUGCGUGAAAAGUACAACAAAAUGCUGCAUCCUCCUCUCACCUACUUGGGUGACGCCUUUCAGUACAGAACUGCCGAUGGGUCCUUCAACUCAGCCCUGAACCCGCACCUCGGACAGGCUGGUGCUCCCUACGCGAAGACCGUACCAUCCAAAACGGCUCCGCUUGGCGCGCUGCCUGACCCCGAAGUUUUGUUUGAUCGGCUGAUGGCUCGCGAAAACGGGGGCCGCCAGAGUCAGUCUGGACUAUCGUCAAUGCUAUUGUACCACGCCACCAUCAUUAUCCAUGACAUCUUCCGCACCAACGACAAUGACAAGAACCUCUCGGACUCCUCUUCGUAUCUGGACCUCUCGCCUCUCUAUGGCUACACCGAAGAGAUGGUGCGAAAAGUCCGGGACAACAAGUACAAGCUAGGCCUGCUCAAGCCCGACACCUUCGCAGAGGACCGUCUAUUGAGGCAGCCUCCUGGAGUGUGUAUCAUGCUGGUUAUGUACAACCGGUACCACAACUAUGCUGCCAGACAGCUUCUACAGAUCAACGAGAACGGUCGCUUCAGUGUACCAGAAAUGUACAGCGGCGCACGACUAGUCGCGCUAAUCAAAGAACACCUUCCUGAUCAGGACGACCAUGGCAACAAGGUACCACUCGAUCCAAAGGUAGAACGUCUUUGCAAUAAAUAUGAGCGCUUGUGGAGCGAAGUCCAAGCCGCGAGGCCUGCGGAUGCCCCCGACGCUGCUCUACCGCAACAGGGGCCCGAGACGCCGGAGCAGACAGCUCUGCGUGAAGCAGCCGCGGAGAAGAGGAAAAAUGCUCUUGAUCUCAUCACGUCCUUUGAGUCUCAACCGUUAUACAGGGAGUUUGUGGACGUGAAACGCAAGCUGAAGCAGAAGCUGAAAGAGAAGGGCCAAAAGCUGGAACGCGAGUCUCCAGCUCUUUUGAAGUCCUUUGAGAACAAUUGCAAAGACUUCAAGAUUGCUUGGCAGGCUGCAUGUGACAAGCAGGACGACGAUCUCUUCAACACUGCCCGCCUCAUCACGCAGGGCAUGUAUGUCAAUAUUAGCGUCCACGACUAUCUCCGUGCUUUAAUGGGGUUCCACCAGUUCGACACAAACUUUACCCUCGAUCCGAGGAAGGACUUUGACCAAAAGAAGACCACUCGAGGCAUUGGUAACCAGGUAACUGUCGAGUUCAACCUGAUCUACCGCUUCCACUGCGCCAUCUCGCUUCGUGACGAGAAGUACGUAGAGGAUUUUAUGAAGGCCACUCUCGGCAUCGAGAAGCCCGACAGCCUCUCCCUGCCAGAAUUCCUCAAAGUGAUGGCAUAUGGAAAGCAGAAGCAUGAGGAGCCAUGGCAAGUCACAUUCGGCAUUCCGGAUGCUCCCGCAACGAAAACAAGUCCCGGAUUGGAGGACGGGCAUAGCACCGAGCGGAGCAGGAAUGGCUCAGACAGCGGUAUCUCCAUGGACGGAAUCAGUGUAGGCGUCGACACCAACAAGGCCAUGGAGGCCCCGGCCGUCGCCACUGCCUCUGUCGCGAACUCCAAGCUCUUCACACGCAACGAUAUCACAAACCUUUUUGAUGACGAGCAGAUGCUCAAUGAGCUGACUGCGGCCAUGGACGAGCCUCUAUCCAACUUUGGCCCGCGAAACGUCCCCAAGUGUCUCAAGCCCGUCGAGAUUAUGGGCAUUAUGCAGGCUCGCAAGUGGGAAAUAGGAACCUUGAACGAUUUCCGUAGCUUUUUCGAGCUACCAGUCCACACCACGUUCGAGAGUGUCUCUGCAAACACGGACAUCCAGAAUGCCCUACGCGAUCUCUAUGAAUCGCCCGAUAAGAUUGAAUUGUACCCUGGCAUCUUUUGCGAGAGCGAUGUCAUGAUGGGUCUAGACCCGGGGCCAGGAAAUUCAAGCUCCGCCCUGUGGUCAGCCAUCUUCUCUGACGCCAUCACGCUGGUGAGGUCUGAUCGAUUUUACACCGUCGACUGGAACACCCAAAGCUUGACGGCCUGGGGAAUGAAAGAGGUCACACCCGACAACGACGUGUGUAAGAGCUCCGUCUUCCACCGGCUGAUCCAGCGUGCCUUCCCAGGGUGGCUGCCCCCUGACAGUCUGAGGUGGUUUUCCCCUUUUUAUACGGCCAAGCAGAACGCCAUCUACGCCGAGCAGCAAGGCUACGCCGUUCAAUUCGGAGAGACAGCCAACAUCGAGCUCAACCCUUGCUACGACCACGCAAAGGCUGCAGCGAGCAUUGUCGCAUACCCGCCAAAGAAACCCCAGAAGCCAUGCUACCUGGACAACUUUGAUGACAUCUUCACCGUCCUCAAAGGAUAUCAGAGCGAUCACUUUACCAAUCCCGUGUUUACCUACAAGUCAAACUUGCCUCAGUCACUCAGAGACGUGCUUGAUCGGGAGACAGUGAGGCCGAUCAACUUUGACCGAAAGAUCCUAGAGAACUAUGUCAAGAAUUCGGAGAAAGACCUCAAGGCAUACUUGUCGGAGUUGAUGACAUUCAUCGUUAAGCGCGAAUCGGUCUCAAUCACCAACUCCGAGUUUCAAAUCGACGCAACCAGAGACUUCGCCAUCCCCGUUGUGACCCGCUACAUGGCGUCAUUCCUCGGCUUCAGCCACAAACUGCGCGAGAUCCCCGAUACUUCUACCGUCUGGGACAAGCACACCAAGGCCGCACACCGCGGAACAUACACUGAAAACGAGAUUUACCAGCACAUCACCAACUGUCAAGUCUUCCUGGCCUACAAUACCGACGAGACGAAGUGGAUGGCGCGCCGCCGGGCGUUCCAGAAGUCGGUGGAAUUCUUGAUUGACCUUGCUACCCAUGGCACGAUCUGGGAGGCCAAUCAGAUUUUCGGCUUGUCCAAUAUGCUUUUUGGCAAGGAGGAGAAUAACCCAAUGCAUCGUAUGGGUGUGUUUGUGGCACGACAGGUGCUCAAGCAUGAGCCGAAUCGGGUCAGGGCUGCGGCCAUCUUGCUUUUGAUCUCUCUGGACUUUGCGUAUAAUGCUGUCGUUUCAUUUUCUGCUACGCUUGACGGCUUCAUGGAGGACCUCUGUCAAGUUGCUAACGGGGACAACAUCGCCGCCGAACCAAAAUGGCUCGCCCUCCAGAGAGCUGCACUGGCCGAUGACGAUGCCACCGUUGAAAAGAUGGUGCAGGGCAUGGCACGCAACAAGGUUAACUUGCCCAUCGUGCGCAAGGUUCUCAAGGAAGGGCAAUUCGACUUCGUCGGCGACGGCUCGCACAAGGGCAGUCCCACAACGCUCAAGGAGGGGCAGUAUGUCGUAUUGGAUUUGGCUCCUGCCACCGCCAUCGCUGAGGAAGCGAAAGACAAGGGCAAACUCGAAUUCCUGACCCUUCAGCUCUCGAUUGCAGACAAGUACGCGGUCUUUAGCCCGCGACGCUUCACCCCACUCAGCCAAGCGCAGAUGAUUAAGUUUAUUGCCCUGACGCGCAACACACGCCGUGGUCCCGCGGCUCAGGGUGAGCUUAAGCGUGUGCACCUCGAGCCUACUUUAGAAGGCUAUGCGAAUUACAUGGCGCCUGGACGCGUGGAGUGGAUCAAGAAACAAGUUGGCGAGCUGGAGGAUCGGAGGAAGGCGUCCAGGAUCUUCAACGACAAGGUCUUCCGGCCCGGAUUUGACACGUAUUUGACCCCUGCAUGGGACGAGUAUGUCCCUUUCCCAAUGACGUGGAAGAUCCGCUUCGACGGGUUCGGGAAGAGCGACUACAUCGACAAGAAGGGUGUCAAGUAUGGCCAGAUCCGCACGGUCGGUAAGAAGUUGCCGGACUUCUGUCCGCCUUGGUAUCAGCCCAAGGGCCAGAGUUCGGAUGGCGGCGCUUUCGCCGUGGUCAAGUGUGUGUGCACGGAUAGUGUCACAAGCGGUUGCAGUUGUGGUGGCGGUAAGGCUGGGCGUAAAGAGACGGCUCCAAAGCCGGUGGCGAUGUCAACAGGGUGCCGUGGUCCGCAGUAA